CACUCGGACACUAUUGCGGGGGGCUUACAGGAAUGCCGUACUCGUCCUGUCAGCAGUCUCUUCUGAUCCGGAUGAGCUUUCCUUCUCUGAAGUGUAAGACCUUGAAAGUAAGGGUUAUGGUAAGACUGCAUAGAAGCCAGUUGGAUAACGCGGUUCUUUCAAGGACAUGGAAACAUCUCCUUGUGAAUCCAAUACCAAAGAUAAUCAAGAUCUUGGUGACAGACAGAAGCCUGUGCCCUGCCAGUCCUUGUGUCAAAGGCAGAUGCCGCCCAGCUGCUCUGCAAGCCACCACCACAGUGGAGCAAAGGAUAAACCACCAGACAAGCCCUUACCACAGAUCAGCCUUGGAAGGAGUCAAGACCAGGGAGAAAGAACAAGAAACACAAGAAGAGGAACAUUUGAUGGAAGAAAAGAAAAAGAAAAAGCAGGAAGAAAAGAAAAAGAAGGAAGGUGCUCAGAAAAAGGCUGCUGAACAAAAAACCAAAGUGCCAGAACCUAUGAAGACCAGUUUAAGCCAGCCCCAACCUGCCGGUACCGGUACCAAGUACGUCCACCAGCACUAG